UCAAAUUUUAUUAUUUAAAUAGAUUAAGGGAAGAGGAAAGACAAACGAUCAAUCCUGACCAUAAGCUUACUCCCAUUCUUGUGUUCAGAGCAAUAUUCAUAGUUCAAUAUACAAUUCUAUUUUUAUUCUCUAUUAAUUGCUAGAAUUUAUCUUGUGCCAUUCCCAUUCACUUAUUUUGAUCGUCAGAAGAAAUAGUUAAUUUCUUGCAUAAACAGUUCUGAACUCCUCUGCAGCCGUUCAUGGAAUGCUCGUCACACCGAGCAAGGCUGAACUGCUGAAGCUCAAAUUGAUCGAGAGAGAGAGUCUAUGGAGGAGAUGAAUCACAGAAAAUAGCUUUAUGCCUCCCUCCAAUCGCCUGCUCAUUCUUCUUCUUCCCUCUCCAAUCGAGCAGCAGAUGGCCGCCAUUCAUACAGCAUCAAUUAACAGUCGACGGCUCCGACUUAAGCCCCAACUGACUCAAUUCGAGCUCCUCGACCAGAUUUGUCGACUGUUAAUUCUCCGGCGCUAUGACGCCUUGGACAGCCUCAAAAUUGAUUUUUCCAACUCCCUGGUUGAGGCCGUUCUCCGGAAACUCAAGUUCAACCCGGAAGCUUCCCAUCAUUUCUUUAAACUAGCCUCGAAGCAGCAGUAUUACAGACCCCAUUUCACAGCUUAUUGCUUAAUCGUUCACAUAUUGUCUAAAGCUCGAAUGUUCGAGGAGACACGAUUUAUCUUGAAUGAGCUUGUGGAACUCUCCAGUCCAAAUGAACCAACCUCGCUUGUUUGGAAUGGGUUAGUUAGAGUUCACAAAGAAUUCAAAUUUUCUCGGACAGUUUUUGAUAUGGUUCUUAAAGUUUAUGCAAAGAAGGGGUUAAUUAAGAAUGCAUUACAUGUGUUCGAUAAUAUGCCCAUGAGUGGCUGUAUGCCGAGCUUACUCUCAUGUAAUACUUUGUUGAGUUGUUUGGUGAGAAAACGUGAAUAUCAUACUGCAUUGUGUGUUUAUGAUCAGAUUAUUAGAAUUGGAAUUUCUCCGGACAUAUACACUUGUACAACUAUAGUAAAUGCCUAUUGUAAGGAUGGUAGAGUUGAAAGAGCUGAGGACUUUAUUCAUAAAAUGGAUGCAAUGGGUUUAGAUGCAAAUAGAGCGACUUAUCAUUGUUUGAUCAAUGGGUAUGUUGAGAAGGGUGAUCUGGAGGGAGCUGAAAGAGCUUUGAGAUUAAUGAUUGAAAGAGGAAUAUCCAAGACCAUUUUGACAUAUACAUUGCUAAUCAAGGGACAUUGCAAACAGGGGAAUAUGGAGGAGGCAGAGAAAGUAUUCCGAGGAAUGGAGGUUCCAGAAAACAAUGCACUAGUUGUGGAUGAGCAGGUCUAUGGUGUAUUAAUAAAUGGGUUUUGUCAAAUUGGAAGACUAGAUGAAGCUCUCAGGCUCCGUGAUGAGAUGAUAAGCUUAGGCUUGAAAAUAAACCUCUUUAUUUGCAACUCUUUUAUAAAUGGUUAUUGCAAAUUCGGUCAACUUCAUCAAGCAAAAGGCAUAAUAAGGACUAUGAUUGGAUGGGAUGUGAGACCGGAUUCUUACAGCUAUAAUACCUUAUUAGAUGGGUAUUGCAGGGGUGGUUUGAAAAGUGAAGCAUUGAACCUAUGUGAUGAAAUGAUUCAAGUUGGUAUUGAACCAACACAUGUAACAUACAAUACUCUCUUGAACGGUUUUUGUCAAUCCGGUGCUAUCAGUGAAGCUUUGGAUCUAUGGCAUAUGAUGCUUCAAAGAGAUAUUUCAUUUGAUGAGGUUAGCUGUGGUACUCUUUUUGUUGGGCUUAUUAAGGCCAAUGAGUUUGAAACAGCUACAGUGUUGUAUAAACACAUUAUGACUAGAGGCUUUAAUAAAAACACAAUUCUUUUCAAUACAAUGGUUCAAGGACUGUGUAAGAUGGGGAAAAUAAUUGAAGCAGAACAGCUUCUUGACAAAAUGAAGGAGCUUGGUUGUUCACUUGAUGGAAUUACUUAUAGAGCCUUAAUUGAAGGUUACUGUAAAGACGGACAAACCGAAAGGGCUUUGAGGGUAAAGAGAGUCAUGGAACAACAAGGAAGUCUCCCUUCUAUUGAAAUGUACAAUUCUCUGGUUACUGGAUGUUUUUUGGCUAGGAAGUUGAAUAAAGUUGAAGAUCUUAUCAAUGAAAUGCAUACAAGGGGAAUGAUGCCCAACGUUGUUACGUACGGUGCCCUUAUUAGCGGAUGGGUUAAGGAAGGGAAGCUUGACAAAGCUUUUAGUUCAUAUUGUGGGAUGAUAAGUAAGGGGCUGAUUCCGAAUGAGAUCAUAUUCAGCACAAUUAUUAGUGGCUUAUAUAGGCAUGGCAUGGCUAAUGAUGCAUUCAUGUUGUUGCAUAAAGUUUUGAGCAUUGAUAAUAGUCUGAAACUUAAAUGUCUUAACGACUUUUCAACUCCCCACUUCAGAUCAUUAGAUGUUCAAAAGAUUGCAAAUUCCAUUGAUGAGGGGUCAAAAUAUUCUGUCGUGCCCAAUACCAUUCUAUAUAAUCUUGCUGUGGUAGGGUUAUGCAAAAUUGGCCGGAUAAGUGAUGCAAGAGAAAUGGUUGGUGCUUUGAUAAAAAAAGGUUUUGUACCAGAUGAGUUUACAUAUUGUACCUUGAUACAUGGUGUAUCAUUGGCUGGUAAUGUUGAUGAGGCUUUUGCAUUACGAGAUGAAAUGCUUAAAGAGGAUCUUGUUCCUAACAUUGCUAUAUAUAAUGCUCUCAUUAACGGACUUUGUAAAGCUGGACAUGUUGAUAGAGCACUGAAACUUUUUCAUAAGCUGCGCUCAAAAGGCAUAACCCCCAAUGUUAUAACCUAUAAUACUUUGAUUGAGGGGCACUGCAGAAAUGGUAACACUGGGGAAGCCCUUGGAUUGAAAGGCAGAAUGUUAAAGGAGGGGAUUGCCCCUUCGGUGAUUACUUAUUCUUCUUUGAUUAAUGCUUUGCGUAUACAAGGUAAUGCAAAUGAAGCAACAAAAUAUUUAGAUGAAAAGCUAAGGGCAAGUGUAGACUUUGACCUUGUGACAUAGAGCAAAUACAGUGGACUGGACUUAUUCUCACAUGAUUUUGAAUCCCUUACUCAUUUGGAUGAGAGAUAAAAAGGCUUAUUAUUAGCUGAUAUAUGGAUGAUGUUCAAGGAAUUGAUUGGUAUCAGUAAAUUUGAUUACUUCAAGGAGAGAAAAACAUUAUCUAUGGAUCUAUUAGUGAUAACGGGUAGAAACAGUCACAACUGCCCCUGCCUUAACACCAGUAGCCAAAGCAAUGUUGCUUCAAGAAUGUAAUGCAAUAACUUUAACUGAUCUCAGUAGAAGAUCUUCCAAACGAAGGUUAACAUUUACUCCAGACGUACUCCGUAAUUUAAUAGAUUGGGGGUUCUUUCAUUACAGCUCUGGAAAUCGUCCAGGUGAGCAGUUUCAAAUCUGCCUUUGUGAGUUUACAGAUCCAUUUAAUGUUUAUUUUCUUCCUUUGUGAGUUUCAAGUGUUAUUUUACAUAACUUUGAUUUAAUUUAGUUUGAUUGGAAAUAUAAUUUACAAAUAAACAUAUUUCCCGAAGCUGCUUUAUGUUCUGACUUCUGAUUGUGAUAGACACUGGUAAAUCCACUCACAACACAAUAGAUUCAAUAAGAAAUUCACAAGAGCAAGAUCAGAAGAGUUUAUUGAAUUGCGUAGAAGAACAGAACGUAUACAAUGCCUAGGACAAUUCGAGAUGCCCAAUCUCCAAAGUAUAAGUCCAACCAAAUGACAGCCUACUUCUGCUAGCUUAUUAACUUCUAUUUAUAGUAAAAGCGCACUUAUUAUUAUCUACAAUAAUAGGCCCACUUAUUAUUAUUUCUAAUACUAGGCCCAUUUCUAACAAUACUCCCCCCCUAAACAACCACCUUGUCCUCAAGGUGGGUGAUAGGAAUCAACCAUGAUCUCCCACUGCCACUUCAUUCUGGCACCUCUCCCUUCCCAGUACAACAUUGCAUUCUGGAUCUUUAGCUUCAGUACUUGAAGCUGCAUCUUCUUGUUCUUCUCUGCAAGGAGCAGUAACAAGGUCCUGGAGGCAGAAUGCUCUCUUAUGUUGCAAAAGUUUUCCAACAUCUAUGUUUCCUGUUGUAUCCUUUGCCGUUGUGCCAACAUCUUUUCAAGAGAAUUGACCUCACUUUGCUCAAGACCUUGAACAAGUUCAAAAGCAUCUGAUCUCUCCAAGGUAUAUCUUUUCACAAGUAGAUACUGCUCUCUAAGUCUCUCAGCCAUGAGUUUGAUUCUUUCAGAACAUAUUGAGGAUAAGGCACACCCUACAGCUUUAACCUUUUCAAGGACACCCAUCCGAACUUCAGCUGUUCUAUCAGUAGACAUCUUUAGGACUUCCAGAAAUACUGGUUGAAAAGCCUCCUUGAUUAUAUAUUUGGGCAUAGCAAAAAUAUCCUCCAGCAAGCUAACCACUUUUAAUAAUGUAUCCCUCUGAUCAGUCUCCUGUUUGAAUUGCAGCAUGGAGGAUAUACAAGUGUAGACUGCUCGUUGACCCCCAUUAGCAGCCCCUAUCAAAUACUUGCCGGCUAGCUUCAAGUCCCUUUUAACCCCAAGCUCAUUCAGAUACAUAACCCCAAGGUUGUAGAACUAACGAAGCUCAUCAUUAUCAUCACCCUUCUCCAAAUGAUCUUUUGUAGGGGUAUACUUCUUCCGCACCCCAUAACCUUUCAUGUAGAAAUAGUCCAUAUCAUUAUAAGCCGAAUAAAAUUGUUGCUUGGAAGUAAGUGAUAUCCACUCUAUUGCCUUGGUGUAGUUCCUCUCAACUCCUUCUCCUCUUACAUAUAUAUCACCAAGAAGUUCCAUUGACCUUGCCUCGCCCUGAUUGACCGCCUUCCAGAACCAUGAUAAUGCCUUGGCUUGAGCACACCUCCUUUCUUGAACUGCUCUUUCACUAGAUAAACGUGAUUUAUCAGAGUUCAUUGCAUGCCCUGAAGGUCCUCCUGAAAAAAUGGCAUGGGGUUCACCUUUAUGUUCAACGGCAUCUGAUGCUUUUUCCUCGCUUUCAUUGUCGCUCUUAGUGCACUUCUCUGCAUUUUCUCUGACAAAAGAAGCACUCCUAUCAUCAAAGGAUGGUUGCUGCUCCCUCACAGAUUCCUGCAGGACUGUUGAUACCUGAGAACUGGAAGCUAUUGUUCGCGACAAAGCUGAAACAGUUUGCGAUGACAUCUGCGAACGGGAAGCUUCUCUCGAUAGAGUCUUACUUGGUCGUGAACUGCUGGCGGAUGAAGAAUUCAACUCAGGUUGAAAUCUACGAAUGAUAGAUUUCUUCAGAGUGUCCCAAUUAGUUUCUUCAGUCCGAUUCUCCCACAAAUGAAACCAAUCCAAAGCCCUAUCUUCCAUAGCAACCCUAGAAGCUUCAACCUUCUCUUCUUCUUCAAUGUCAUUUAACCGAAAAUACCUCUCCAUUUGUAUAAUCCAGUUAUAGGCUCCUUCACCGUUAAACAAAGGUAAAUCUACCUUUCUACCAGAAUGCACAGGGCUGUUCGAAGUUCGCGUAUGCUGUGGCGGAGGUGUUCGCGACUGAGAGUAGACCUGCGCAUGCGACGAGGUCGGCAAAUAAGGCAAAACUGUUGGCGAUGGCGAGCUGGGAACUUCUACGUGCUACUUGGGAAAAUUAGUUCGUAUCUGCGAACUGAAGGACGUUGUUGACGAAGACUUCUGAGAUGUUGUUGAAGGUCGCGUAUUUAUUUAUUUGUGCUGCACGAUUUACAAUGACAAAAAAGGACAACUUUAAUCUCAAAAAUAUUUAUGUGUCAAUCCGAAUUAAUGAGAUUGUACUACAAAAGCAUGGGAUGUCAUUUCAAUAGCCGCAUGCUUAAAUUAUAAGGAGAUGGGUAAUUAAAGCAAAAUGGCUCACUAAACUGUCUGCGCUUCUUUGUUAUGGAGCAACAGUCAGUCCAUGCAAUCUUGGACGCGAUUUUCACUAUGGGUCAUCCGGAAACAGUCUCUCUGUGCUUUAGUACAGGAGUAAGACUGCGUACAUCCGACCCCCCCUUACCCCACCGUAGGUGGGAGCCUUUGCGGCACUGGGGUAAAUGAAAAUGAAAAUGAUGAUGGGUAAUUAAUGCUUUCAAACAAGUUCACUGUAUUGCUUUAAUGUAUAGCCCGGUCAUCAAGCAUCUCAUUUAAUGUUUGUACUACAUAAUCUUUAAUAAAGAUCCGGGUACAAUGGACCAUUGGUUAAAAACCUACAGAGUAUUUGCUUUAAAAGACAAUCCCUUCUAGGCCCUAUAAAUAUCAUCCAUAAGGGUUGCAAACCACACCAUCAGCAAGCAUUUCACAACCAAAAAUAGGCACCUGGAAGUGAGAGUUUUAUGGGUCAGAUGUAUUACCAUAUUCAAAGAAGAGGUACACUAUUUGCUCUAAACCCUUUUUGAAAAUUAUUCAAAUACUCCGUAGUAUUCAUGUAUUUUUAGCUGUAUUCAUCUAAGGUGAACAAUCACCAAAAUUUUCAUAAAUAGGGUGUUACUAGGAAUACCUUGCAACCAACAUAUUGGUAAGACUCGAUCUAUAUAAUUAGUUCUUAACAUUUCUAAACUUUUAUUUGAUAAACAGAUUUUAUUGGCAGGAUUGUGGGAAUGCAUGUUUCUCAAACACAUAUAAUCAAUGGUAACAACAAAAGAUCAACAAGCAUACUAGAAGGUCCAGACACUAAAAGUAAACCAAUCAGGGAAGAUAAGGCAUGUUUUGAAAAAAGGUUUAUGUCCAGUCAACCCCUUUCCCUCACCCUUUGAACAAUCAACAAUUUAUUUUAGAAACAACCUCCUUUAAAGAUCAUGAAAUUAAAUGCAAAAAACCAGAGUUAAAAUUUAGGGGAUGAGAAACAUACCUGAGAAGUUGGCUAUGCAAUAAUAAAACCCUGCAUGCUAAUCUUAACUAUUUAAUAAUUACAUUUAAUUUACGAACAAUACAUAUUUGGGCACCUUAUUCAGGUCCAAGAUCCUACGAAUUUGCAUUUUAUAAAGCAUGCUAUUGUAACUAAAAAAUACAGUAUAAUAUUUUUGGCUUAGACCUGCAAUAUAAAAGAUAAUACCAUGUUAAAAUGUAUCUAACUCCAUAGCAGACACAUAAUACAUGUUAAAAAUGUAUAAUGGAAAGCAAGAAUUGUCUGGGCCUUAGAUGUUUCUUUUAACCAUGGGCCUUAGAAGUUUGACUGCAUUUCAGGAGAGGGGAGACACUACAAGUUGUUUUCCAUGAUUAAGAGGUAUAUCAUGUGCUUAAAAGUCUUUUGAAAAUUAUGCAAAUAGCAGCACAUACUGAGCAUCCAAGGACCAUAACAAGCAGAUCCAAGGGCCAUUGAGGUGCUUGGCUUAUAUAUGUAUAUGAAUGAAUGACAUGUAUGCUAAUAUAAAUAAUAGAUACCACUACAUGAGACAGUUAAACAUUCAGUUUAUUAAUAUGACAUUCUCACAUUCAAAACCCGUGCAGAGCAUGAGACAGUCAACUCUUAGUUUCUUUUUAAAA